AUGAACCUCAAGUCGCUGCUGCUGCUGCUGCUGUUGCUGAUCAUCGCACUUGCUCCCGCCUGGGGGCAGGAAAAGUACUGUGCCGUUCCUAGUCCGGGCCAAAACAUGGGGAUUCGGCCAAGUGCUUAUCCAGAUGUCGUCUUGCUCCAACCUCGAAAUGCAGCCGACCGUCGUCACCUCACCAUGCAUGAAAUCUGCAAUGCACCAUUGAGAUGUGUCACAAAACCCAAGCUUGUCACGUCCGAACCCCAGCGGCAAAGGUACAAUCUUUCAUCUGGCGUCAGCGGACUGGACCGAUUUAACAUCGGCCCUCGUGGUCGCGGCUGUCACGGCCAUUCACGCUGCAUCGCCGGCAGCCUCCCUUGCUCUCUCCCCUUGCACACAUCCCAGCCCCCUAAGGCCCCAGGAAUGCGAAGUCAUUCGGGACCCUCGCGCACUUCAGCCUUACGAAGAUCAUGA